UGUUUUGAAUCCACCGCCACCUAAUCACAAUAUGAUGUGGCACCUGUUGCAAUUCUCAGACUGUCUCUGAACUCGAAUGUGGAAAAUCUUCUAACUGGGCAGCACCUAAAACAGCGCAAUUCAAGGCCCCCGUUAUGCAAAAGGGGAUACUAAUAAUAGGUGUCUCCCUUUUUAGAUAUUCAAUUUAAGAAUAUAGGGGCCUGAUUUUUCUCAGGGUGCUGAGCACCCACAACUCCAAGUGAAGUCCAAGGGAGCUGCACCUGAAAAUAGGCCUUAGGUGUUUACAAUUAGACAUCCAAAAGUGCAAGUACACAAAAUCAGCGCUCACUUUAGGAAAUUUGAGCCUAAGCUUUUUGCCAUCCUCCACCCUGGGCCACACGUCUAAUUUGUAUCUUGGAGAACAGAGUUUCCAACCAUGCUAGGAAGCUAUUUGUGAUCAAAGAAUGUUCACCUUAAAAUCCUUCCCCCUUUGGAAGGAGCAGCCAUUUAAUGUAUUAUGUGUUUGCAGCUACAGCUGCACGUGACAGUCCACAUCUCAGCAGUGGCCUUGAACAUCUGGAUGGGGGUCAGAUCCAGGAUGCCUCAGCAAGGAAAACAUGGUGCUGAUGUGAAUCUUCAGGAUAACUGGGGAGUGACUCCCAUGUACCUGGCAGCUUGCAGUGGGCAGAUAGAGUGUAUCCGGCUUCUGGUGCAGGCUGGUGCUGACAUCACUUACAAGAACAAGAAGACAGGAGCCCCCCCUAAGCGUCUGGUCUCACAAACUGCACUGAUAUCCUGGAUCGAAUCCUGCUGCCGGCAGCCGCGCUCCCUGAAACACCUCAGCCGCCUGCGUAUCCGAACCACCCUUGGGCAUCAGAGGCUUGAAGCCAUUGGGGGAUUUGACCUCCCACCCCCACUGAAGCGCUACCUUAUGUAUGAGGACCUUGUUCUGCAGGAUCGCCCAUAGUGGUGGGAAGUCUGCCCAGUCUACACCUGUAUCCACAAGGACAAAGUGACAGUGGGGAGAGGAGCCGACACUGUUUUAUCUUUUCAGUCAUCUGCUCCUCAAAGCCACAAGAGAGAUGGAUUUUGUGUUGUCAUCUUACCUUUCUGUGGCCUAAUCUGAGCCCCACCCUGGAACGGGUCAGAGGGUGCUGUCUGCAGAGACUGCUGGUGAUUCUUAAUCUGGAACAUGCUGGUAGCUCCAGGGUGCAUUCUGAGGAGAGCAAAGCUCUGUCUCCUGCCCUGAAGAGCUUGCUAGGUAACAUGCUACAGCAGGAAUCAGAGAGCUGGUCUCAGCCAGGAGGAGAGAAGGGGCUCCUCUCCCUUCAUUUCUCGUUCAGGGGCUUUGCUGUGAUCUGAUCCCAUGUCCCUUUCCUCACCACAUACCUCUGGUGGUGCAGAGGAACUCGCUCCACUCAAGGAUACCCCUCCCAUCCAAACCAGACUAAAAAGGAAAGCAGGAACUCUCGGUAUCACACUUCCAGGAGCUCCUGAAGGCCCCAGGUCUCAAGUAGAGCCAUGAGCUCUGCCUCCAUGAGCUACUACAUGGAGUAAAAUGCUGAAGAUCGUGCUGUGUCUGCUCCAAGUGUCAGAUCCCUGUUCCCCCUCACCUGCUCAUCCUGAGGACUGCAGCAAGCCUCUGGCAUGGAGGGGUGGGGAUGCCAGGAGGACCCUGCAGAGUAUUGUGCAGGAGGCUACUACCCUGUGCAGAAGGGAGACACAUUCAGUGGAAGAUACCAGGUGGUGCACAAGCUGGGCUGUGGCUACUUCUCUACAGUCUGGUUGUGUCAGGACAUGGUAGAGAAGAGGCGUGUAGCUGUGAAGGUGGCCAAGGGUGGGGAGAGCUUUGCUGAGGCUGCCCAGGAUGAAAUCUCUCUCCUCCAGUGUGUGAGCAGCAUGAAGAAGAAGGACCGGGCAGGGGAGAAUAUUGUCCAUUGUUUAGAUGACUUUAAAAUGAUUGGAGCAAAUGGCUUCCAUGUGUGCUUGGUAUUUGAAUUGCUGGGUCCUUCUCUGCGAUGUCUGCUGAGGAGCCAUGGAGCCCAGGGUCUCCCCUUGCCCUUUGUGAAAAAAGCCUUACAGCAGGUACUGGCAGGGCUGCAGUUCCUGCAUACAAAUUGUCGGAUUAUCCAUACAGACAUCAAGCCAGAGAACAUCUUGCUGCAGUUGGAUGAGGAGAGUCUCCAGAAGCUUUUGCAUGACACAGCUGCCUGGAGCCAAAGCAUAAAUCUGGGCCUAAAGAAACCAGGAAUUCUUGCCAAUCAACUGGAUCAUUGCAAUAUAAUGAAAAUGGGAGUGAAAAUUGCAGACCUAGGCAGCGCAUGCUGGACCUACAAGCCCCUUUCCAAAGAGAUCCAGACCCAGCCAUAUCGAGCCCUAGAAGUUCUUCUUGGGUUAGAUUACAGCACUCCUGCAGAUAUCUGGAGCACAGCCUGCCUGGCAUUUGAAAUGGUGACCGGCGAGUGCCUUUUUGAACCCCAGGCCGGGAAAUAUUUCUCCAAAGAUGAUGAUCAUGUUGCUCGUAUCAUUGAACUCCUGGGAAGAAUUCCUCCUAAAAUUAUUUUCUCCUGGAAACAGUCAUCAAAAUUCUUCAGCAGACAAGGUGCUCUCCUACGGAUUUCCAGGCUUUUCCCCUGUACUCUAUACAACACCCUAAUGGACAGAUACAACUGGACAAAGCAUGAGGCUGCUCCAUUUACUAGCUUUCUUCUGCCAAUGCUGGAAUACACACCAGCCAAACGGACAACAGCAGUGAAAUGCCUCCAACACCCAUGGCUGAGUACCCAGUGUCCAGAUCAGCCUUGUGACUCUUUCUCUGGAGAUGGAACACAGAAUAUAAAUUUAUUCCACAGGACAUAGAACUAUACCAGAUGGCAAAUCUGUUGAAGAUGCAGGCCAUAGAAUUCAUAGCGCAAUUCAAGCAUUGGCAGCCUUUCUCUCUCCCACUAUGUUCCUGUCCUUUCACCAGGCUCCAUUCCCCUAACACCAUAAUCCAAGUAGCCUGAUUGUCUCACUCUCUUUCCUCAGCAGCUUGUUGUCUGUUACAAUGGAUCCAUCUCUGUUCCUGAACCUAGGUGCUUUUACUCCAUUACUUUCCCAUUUAUUGCCACAUCUAUGCACCUGCCACCAAUCUGUCUACGGAGAUGGCACAACUAGGGUGACCAAAUGUCCUGAUUUUAUAGGGACAGUCCCGAUUUUGGGGUCUUUUUUCUUAUAUAGGCUCCUAUUACCCCCCACCCCAUCCCGAUUUUUCACAUUUGCUGUCUGGUCACCCUAGGCACAACUCAACUUCCAUAUUGGUUUCUGCAGAAGCUAGACUUCCAUUAAAAGAACAGGAGUACUUGUGGCACCUUAGAGACUAACAAAUUUAUUUCAGCAUAAGCUUUCA